CGCAGUUUGAUUUAGAAUAAUUUAUACGGCUCUUGUUUCAAAGAAAAAACAUGUCUAGAUUUUUUGUGAAUCCUUAUGAUGAUUACGAUCAAUCGAAACAUGGAAAUCAAUUAUCAGAGUUGAUCAAUUACGAUUUGGUGAUUGAACUGGUGAAAAGAUGCGUCGAAGUUAUAAUUAGAGAGACAAAACUACCUACACACAAAUCGCGAGAUGAUUUGUAUGUUGGAGAUGCUGGAAUUGCAUUUAUGUUUUGGAAAUUGAACCGAUCGCCUAAUUUUCGACACUUAUUUCCUUGCUUGGAACACGCCACAUUUUAUAUUAAAAAGGCCGAAGCUACCAAUGAAUCCAAAACAAUGAGCAAAUCGUCUUCCCCAAUUGGAUUUUUAUGUGGAAAGAUAGGAAUUCUUAGUGUUGCUGCUGUCAUUAAUUACGAUCUAAACAAACCGAACGAUACUGCAAAGGAAAUAACAAGCAUCUUAAAGGCACUUCCGGUGGCAAAGACUAGUCGUUACGAUGCCGAUGAAAUUCUUGUUGGUAGAGCUGGUUUCUUGAGUGGUCUCUAUUGGUUGAAUCAAGUAAUGCCACAGAAACCAAUAAGCAAUGAUAUGAUAGAAGACGUAUGUACAGCAUUGAUUAAACGUGGACGCUCAUAUGCGCAUAACAAUCGAACUCCUCUGCCGUUAAUGUACGCCUAUCACGAGAGCGACUAUAUAGGUGCAGCCCACGGUUUAUGUUCAAUACUGCACAUGUUGUUGGAGUCGCAUUGGUUUGCCAAAACUGAUGGCCAAUUUAGAAACAUUUCGGCAUCAAAAUUAUCCGACAUCAAGCAAUCUAUUGAAUAUUUCCUUACGCUUCAAGACAGCGAAGGGAAUUUCCCUACAAGAUUGCAGGGCUCGAACAAAAAAAUUUUCCAUCGGUGUCAUGGAUGUUCUGGAGCGGUUUACUUGCUAGCUAAAUCUUAUUUAUUGUUUAAAGAUGAUAAAUACCUUGAUGCGUGUCGGAAAUGUGCUGAAUCUGUUUGGAGGAAUGGUUUGCUUUACAAAGGCCCUGGCAUUUGCCAUGGCAUCGCGGGGAAUGGUUACGUGUUUUUGUUAAUGUACAGACUUACGGGAGAGGCCUUGUUUUUGCACCGCGCUUCUAAAUUUGCUGAAUUUUUGAGCACUGAACAGUUCAACAGGGAAGCACGGCAACCAGAUCGGCCAUACAGUCUAUAUGAAGGACUGGCCGGUACAGUAUGCUUCCUUUCGGAUCUUCUAGAACCAUCCAAAGCUUAUUUUCCAUUUAUGGAUGUUUUCGAAAUAAAAUAUUGCGAAAAAUAAUAUGCUCUCGAUAAUUCAUUACCGUCAGAAAUCCAUAUUA